CAGCUGGUGGAUACCCCACAAUGAGGCCACUCCUGGUCCUUCUGCUUCUGGCCAUGCUGUGCACUGACCUGGCCCAGGCCCUGCAGUGCGAGCCUCUGGUGGAGUGUGCCCCGCCCGACAAGUACUGUGUGAUUACUCGGGCCGCCAGCCCCAGCGGCGUCCUGGUCAUGAAGUCCUGCGCCCCGACCUGCCCCAACAGCACCGUGACCUCGAACGGCGUGGCCCUCUCCGUCUCCUGCUGCCAGGACAGCCAGUGCCACAGCAGUGCGGCCGCGGGGCUGCGGGGCGGCCCAGGCGCCCUGGGGGCCACCGCCGCGGCCAGCCUGCUGUGGGUGCUGCUCCGGGCAGCCUGCUGAGCCCACCCGCCAGGGCCGGUCCUGGAAUCACCCGAGCCCUCGCAGCCUGUGUGGGGUCUGUCUGCAGCACUUGUCUCCCUGUCUCUCCUCCCUGCCUCCCCCAGGCCCCACCAGCCCCCUCCCAAGAGAAGCUCUCCCUGCCUCAGGGAACCAUCAGCAUGGAAACAUCCUCACUCAGCCUUCUCCUGGGUUCCGGGGGUCCCCUAAACAUCCAGCAGUGGGAAGGGCGCCUGGAUUCUCCCCAGCCCCCUCCAGCCCACUUGAGGGGCUCCCCCUGGGGACCCCCUCUCCCUCAGGCCCUGCCUCUCAGGGCCCCCUGUGCUCCGCGGCGACCCCUACUCCGGCAGCUCCGGUGCAGGUGAAGGCAGACCUGAGAGCAGGGCUUCGCACGCACCCGGCCGGCCACCCCUGCCCCACGCGGACGCUCGCUCACCUGCCCGCCUGUCCGUUGCUCAGCUGGACCACCCACGCCUCACAGACCCAGGGGACGUCCUUGGGGCCAGUGGGCCUGCCUCCUCGGGCUCUCAGGCUGGGGCUCGGGGUGCUGAAGUCCAGGGGUGGGACAGGGUUUCUGGAAAGUCACCAGCACCCCUGCCAGCCCCUGCCAGGUUGGCUGACCACUGCGAGGAUGGGCCUAUCUCCCCAGGAGCUUUCCCCCAGGAUGUCAAGAGAGAAAGAAUAAAGCUGCAAGGCUGCUCUCA